UUUUUUGUCAUUGUAAAAAAUAUUUUUGAUUUAUUUUAAUGAUUUUAAUUUAAAAUAAUGUUUUUUUUUAUUGUUUUUCAGAAAAUAUUUUUUUGAGUACACAAAUGGCAUAUUUGUAAUUUCGGCAUAACUGUUAAUAUUUUUAUUAAUUUUGAAAAUGCUUUUUUUUGUAAGUCUAUUGCACUGAUCACGAAGGCCUAAGGUGUACGAGUUUUUCCAUUGCUCUAACUAUAUUUUUUGUAGAGUUAUCACUAGCGUAAGCGAUGGAAGAAUUAUGUGCUCAGAGAUGGAAGAUUUUCUCCACCGACAGAAGAAAAGCGCAAUUGCCUAUACUAUUUUGUGUGAUUGCUAUGCUUGCUAUGGCUCUCUAUGGUUUCUAUGUUCUAUUUGAAAUCUUUCUCAUAAGUCAACUACACCCUUCCUUUGGAUAAUUUAAGCAAACUCCAAUCAAACAAGCGAUAAUUGAAAAAUUUUAUUUGUAAAGCAACUGUCAGCUGUCGACAAUGUCUUCACUUCCCAAACAAUGGCUCCAGUAAUUUGAGCUUUUUUUGAAUGCUCUUGUUCAUCAAUUUCUUGACCAGGUUCCCUGUUACAGCAGCGUGAUAACGACAUCCAUAGCAACCAUACAACUGCACGGUGGCGAAAAAAUUUGCUUGAACUGAUAGUCUUGUUUAUAAAGUACCAAUAAUAUUGGCCUAUACAACUAAGAUUGCGAGGUAAAGGAUUGAUUAAUUUCUAGCUGUAAGAGAAACGAUCAAUACAGAGGCCAAUCUUGUCCAUUUAGGCCAAGUUGGGUUUCUGGGAGCAAAGCAGACAACUGUAGUCAUUUACUAAAAUGAAGUAUUUUUUUUCA